AAACACACCAGUCGGAGACGCGGACGCGCUAGCGCGGAGCGGCAUUUGCCAGGGGAAGGGUCUAUAACGGACCAAUCCAAUCCAAAAUCCAGGCGUCUGGCGGGAUUUUCGCCAAUUGUGGCAGACGUAGUUGACGUAGUUGACGUAGUCAUAUCGGUCGCGCGGUGAUGGCUUCACGCCGAUACCAACCGGGGGACCGGCUGCUAGGCAGGGAAUCGGGAGACGCCCGGAGGCGAUGGGAGUCGGACGGGUAUGAAUACGACAUCUUUCCACAACUCCCUCCGCGAGAGGCCCACCCUCCGAAGCGAUGGCGGUACCAGGAGCAAGACAGUCCGUCGACGUUGUCUGAGGCAGGCUGGGAAGCAGAAGACGCUUCGCAACGGCCUUCACAGCCCAAACAAACAUCUUUCUGGAGCACGCCGAGCAGCCGCAAGCCCCCAACUCCGAGAAGCUCUGCCGCAAGGUCGUUCGAGGCGCGUUCCGUCCACGCAGAGCGCGAGCCCUCAGAAUCUUCAAAGAGGGCAGACGUUCCCGAGGCGUUGACUUCGGGCGUUAGUCGCCGUCCCUCAACCCCGAGGAGUUUGAGGGCUUCACGCCGGUACCAACCGGGUGACCGGCUGCUAGGCAGCGAACCGGGGGACGCCCGGAGGCGACGGGAGCCGGACUGUUAUGAAUACGACAUCUUUCCCCAACUUCCUCCGCGAGAGGCCCACCCUCCAAAGCGAUGGCAGUACCAGGAGCAAGACAGUCCGUCGUUGUUGUCUGAGGCAAGCUCGGAAGCAGAAGACGCUUCGCGACGGCCUUCACAGCCCAAAGCAGCAUCUUUCUGGAGCACGCCGAGCAGCCGCAAGCCCGCAACUCCGAGGGGCUCUGCCGCAAAGUCGUCCGAGGCGCAUUCCGUCCACGCAGAGCGCGAGCACUCGGAGUCUUCAAAGAGGGCAGACGUUCCUGAGGCGUCGACUUCGGGCGUUGGUCGCCGUCCCUCGACCCCGAGAAGCUUCGGCGCAAGGUCGUCGGCGGAACGACCUCCGCAGGCGGGACAAGAACCGUCUUCGCCGUCUUCCGGGGACGACGAGGGGCCCGCAGUGUCUGCGCCCAGCGUCCAGCGCCGUUCCGCAGGGGCCAAACCCACGCCAGAAAGACGUCCGCCGACCCCGGCGCACCAAGCUCCCGCACAGCCAUCGGCGGCGGCACGCCGAGCUCCAAAUCCACCGGCACCGGAGCCUUCGGCAUCAAAGGGACCCGGCAGGAGGCGAAAGUCUACCUCUCCCAGGAAGGGCAAUCAAAGGUCGAAGCAUCGCACCCCACCCUGGCUGAAGAACAUCCAUCACCUCCAGAGGACUACGCGGCUCCUCAUUCCGCGGCUGUCGUUUGCGCGGGUGGUGAGGGAAAUACUGCAGGGUUUGGCCCCCAGUCGCUCCGACCACUACUACAUGCAGGGGCUCGCCUUGCAGGCGCUACAGGAGGCGUCGGAGGUCUUCGUGAUGAACUUCCUGUCUGCGAGUUACCAGUGUUCCCUCCACGCCAAGAGAAAGACCCUGAUGAAGCAAGACAUGAUUUUCCUCCAGAACCUCCUCAAGGCCUUCGGCGCCUCCCUCGCCACAUCCUUCUGAAGCCGCCCACUUCCUUCAGACGCCGACGGUGCUCUGUACAUAGCUUCAUUUCUCCGACAUUGUAGAUAGUUUGCUUUUCAUCGUUGCAUUUCCAACACUUUGUUCGCCCCCAAGCUGACAGUGCGGUGGAAGCUUGUCGCCGCACUGUCGGCUCGGGGACGAAUGUGCGAUCGCGGGCCCAAGAGGCAGGAAAGCGCCGCCUCGCAGGUUCAAUCGCAUUUCAGAUUUUUGCGUCCGCGGCCAUGUGCGGACGAAUUCAUUCACUCGUCGACAAUCUCACUCUCUUCCUCCUGUCUUUUUAGUGUUUUAUCUGUCAACUCUUGCUUUUUGCUUUUCAACGACAAAGUUGCGUUUGCGAUGUUAGCGGACACGCGACCCGCGUUCGCCAACGCGUCAGGUUUUUUUGCGGAGGACGAGCGUUCGGAAGCGUCGCCUCGCAGGUUCGAUUGUGUUCCGGUUUCUUGCGUCCGCGGUUGUGUGUGGACGAAGUCGUUCGCUCGUCGACAUUCUCACUCUCUUCCUCGCGUCUUUUUAGUGUUUUAACUGUCAACUCGUGCUUUUUGUUUUUCGACGACAAAGUUGCGUUUGCGUCUUUACCGGACACGCAACCCGUGUUCGGAAGCAUGCGACCUGCUCCCACAUAAAGUUUUCUGCGAGCUCUAUCGACAACAUUUUUUUCAAUGGUACUGAACUUACCGGAUGUUCUUUAGCAAAUGCCUUUAACGAAUGCGAGCUCUAUCGACAACAUUUUUUUCAAUGGUACUGAACUUACCGGAUGUUCUUUAGCAAAUGCCUUUAACGAAAUAAACCAGUUAGCUGAGUUUGAGACGUUCUCUGUGUCUGUUCCUUCUACUGAAAGUUCUUCCGAUUUCUUCCACCGCAGUCUCAGGUGUAAUACGACAUGAUUAGCUACCACCAGCUCGCCUGCACUCUCACCGUCUUUUCGCCUUUAACGAGCAUUUUAUCAAUAUUGCAAGUAAUGAUGUGACUCUACAUUCUUCUGCUUUUAGCGACAAAAGAAACAAUGACUCCAUAUUUUUAGGGCCGGUGGUCGAACCAGAAGUAAAUUCCAUAAUUUUACAACUAAACAAUAGUGGAAGCUGUGACGCGGAUGGUAUUCAGGUAAGAUGCGUCAAGUAUGUUGUUCACUUGAUAGCGUCGGCGUUAUUUCAUGUUUUUAACCUCUCUUUAUCCACGAGCGUAUUUCGGAAGAAAAUGCAGAUAGCUAAGGUGUUAGUAUUGUAUAAAAAGAAAGCGUAAACGAAAUGGGGGAAUUAUCGGCUUGUUUCUAUACUCCCAGUUUUCUCUAAAGCUCUCGAAAAAAUACUUUAUACUCGAAUUAUGACGUUUUCAAACAAAUAUAACUUAAUAAAUACCUCACAGUUUGGAUUUAUGAAAAAUAGGUCUACCGAGGCUGCCUUAUUAUCUAUAAAAGAAUUUAUUCUCCAAAACUUCGAAGAAAGAAAACUGGUUCUCGGUGUGUUUGUCGACUUCUCAAAGGCGUUUGACUGCCUUAAUCAUAAAAUACUUCUAGCAAAAUUAGACACUUACAGUUUCCGAGGGCAUGCCUUGCAGCUAAUAAAGUCAUAUCUGGAGCAUCGAUUGCAAUACGUCUCUAUCAAUGGAAACUCCUCUGUUACCAAACCUAUUUACUCAGGUGUACCGCAAGGUAGUAUACUGGGUCCCUUUCUCUUUAACAUAUACAUAAAUGACAUAAUCAAUGUAGAUUCAGAAGCGAAAUUUGUAAAUUAUGCUGACGACACAAGUAUAUUUUUCUCUGCAGAAAAUACCGACUUAUUAAUCGAUAAGGCGAACCGAAUGCUUUCCG